AUGACUCCACCGACAGCGCCUCCGCCGCUCGCGCCUCCGCCGCUCGCGCCUCCGCCGCGGCAGUGCCUGCCAUUGUCACUGCUACCAGUCUGGUCAGCUGCACCAAACAGACGCCUCUUCCCGCCGCCACGGCCCCACCUCCGGCCGCUGCCACCACCGUGUUCCUCUGCGGUGGCAGAACCGAUGGACGCUGGGGCUGCCGUCACGCCGCCACCGCCACCCAUGGAUGUCGUUGCUCUGUCUCCUUAUCUGAGCACACCAAGUGGCAGUGUGCGGCCUGGGCAGGUUUUCCACGGAGCAUUUUCCUCGCACCCUCACAAGCGGGUGGACAGCACGCCCUGGCAGUUCCGCUGUCUGCCCCCUCAGCUGCACCACCCCUGGGCCCUCCACCUGCCGUCGGAAGCCGUACUCAAUGACGGUGCGUUGUUUCAGGGGGGAGGGAUGUGGUAUUGA